CAUCCAAACCACCACGGCACAGCAUCAUCCAAUCUCUCCCAAAACAAACAACAUCACCAGUCCUCGAUUUGAAGACACCGACCCUCGACACUAACACCAUCUCUUCGACUGUCACCAACCAACGCCCGGCGCAUAUAAGCAGCAAAGCCAGGCUUACCUCCCGACAGCAACACAUCCCGGACCCCUCUCCCCACUCGAGCUCCCCUCAACACCGUCAAAAUGUUUAUGGCAAGGUCUGAAUACGAUCGGGGCAUCAACACCUUCUCCCCCGAAGGCCGCCUCUUCCAAGUCGAGUACUCCCUCGAGGCCAUCAAGCUCGGCUCCACCGCCAUCGGCGUCGCCACCUCGGAGGGCGUCAUUCUCGGCGUCGAGAAGCGCGUGACCUCGACCCUACUCGAGACCUCGUCGGUCGAGAAGAUUGUCGAGAUCGACCGCCACAUCGGGACCGCCAUGUCGGGUCUGCAGGCCGAUGCGCGCUCCAUGAUCGAGCACGCCCGCGUCGAGUGCCAGAGCCACGCCUUCAACUACAACGAGAAGCUGCGCGUCGAGAGCUGCACGCAGGCCAUCUGCGACCUGGCCCUGCGCUUCGGCGAGAGCGCCGACGGCGAGGAGAGCAUCAUGUCCCGCCCCUUUGGCGUGGCGCUGCUGAUUGCCGGCUACGAUGAGGACGGCCCGAGUCUGUAUCAUGCCGAGCCGUCGGGAACAUUUUAUCGCUAUGAUGCAAAGGCAAUUGGAAGCGGUAGCGAGGGCGCGCAGGCCGAGUUGCAGAAUGAGUACCACAAGUCCCUCACCCUCGAAGACGCCGAGACGCUCGUCCUCAAGACGCUCAAGCAGGUCAUGGAGGAGAAGCUCGAUGCCAAGAACGUGCAGCUGGCGAGCGUCACCAAGGACAAGGGCUUCAGGAUAUACACAGACGAGGAAAUGGCCGCUGUUGUUGCGCGGUUGCCCGCCAACUAAAGAAGCAUGUGUCAUGUAAUGUUGUUGAAGGGAAAUGGGAAACUAAAGCAUAGCUGGAGAUAGCAGGCGAACGGGAUGGAAAGCAGCAUCUCCCCGGUUUUUGAUGGGAGAAACUGUCUAAUGAAUCGAAUCCAACUAAAGUACUUUGGCGGUUGGUGGCCUCUAUUCG